AGAGCACUGGUCAGCCCUGGCGAUUUCACAGCGGUGGACGCUAAAGUUUGAAAUGUCUCUGCACAUAGUGUGCAGCAGUUGUCACUGUCACUGCAUUUGCAGUCUUCCUCUAAAAUGAAGUACGUGUAAUCAAUUUAACCAGCAAAUUGCAUCAGGUAUUGGUUUAAUAGUGUACGUUCUAUUUUGCUGCAUUUGAAAAGCUUGAUUUCUGGUUUUGUACCUGAAAGGAAGAUCUUAAAAAGCUGAUCCUUUAAAGUCAGUUCUGCUAUAAAAAGUUCCUCAAAAUACCUGAAAAGACAAAAAAACACCAGUCUUCUGUGCCACUGCACAGAACUGUGGGGGUGAGCGUUGCCAGGCCGGUAUUUUUAUCCCGUUCCACUGAAGUUAACGCAGGUUUCCAGGUUUGAGAUGCCAGCGGGCUGGAGCCCUGGUACCUCCGGCCCAGGCUUUACCUCACGGAAUUCCCAGUUUCUCCUGGUUCCAGCUGUUCAGUCCCAUUUAGGAGGUGGCUGAGGGGCCUCAGCCGCCAUGGAGCUGGGCGGUGGAAGGGCCCGGCCGCACGUUAGAUGCUGGCCAAGGAGCAGGGAAGGGAGGACGUGGCGACGUGAUGCCGGGUGGAAGUCGGUGGGAUCCGUGGGUCGGUGGAAGCGCGGUGUCCGCGACUGAGGGGGCGCGGGGCGGGCCCCCCUCUGCCAGGGCCGCGCUGCAGGCCCGACCCCGGCCGGCGGUCCGGGCGGUCCCGUCGGUAAGCGUUGCUCACCCGAGCGGAGCGGCCCCGCCGGUGCGGCCCGGGGGGUCCCGUCGGCGCGGCAACGCUUACCCGAGCGGAGCGGCCCCCGGCCCGGCCCGCACGGGGCAGCGGCGCGGAAACGCGAGGGCACCUGGAGGCGGCCCCGCCCCAGUCCCGGGGAGGGAGCGAGCGGCGGGGCGGGAGCGAGCGGCCGGAUCCGGCGGGACGGGACGGGGCUGCCGCCCCUCAGAGGCUGCGCCACUCCGCCGGCAGCGGCCAUGGCUUUCGGGAAGACUCCGAAGGACCCUUUCGGCACGGCCGUGGGCAGCCUGGUCGACCGGGCGACGUUCGGAGCGCUGCAGACGGAGGAGUGGGGACAGUUCAUGCACAUCUGCGACGUGAUCAACGCGACGGAGGAGGGGCCUAAAGAUGCAGUUAAAGCGCUGAAGAAAAAACUUUCAAAAAACUGUAACCAUAAGGAGAUCAGGCUUACCUUGUCUCUGCUUGAUAUGUGUAUAGAGAACUGUGGCCCAAGAUUCCAGUCUUUAGUUGUGAAGAAAGAUUUCUGUAAAGACAAGCUGGUGAAGCUACUGAAUCCAAGAUACAAUCUGCCAAUUGACAUGCAGGAGAAAAUCUUGACCUUUGUCAUGACGUGGGCUCGAGGUUUCCAAGGAAUGGUGGAUGUGAGCGAAGUAAAAGAAGUUUAUCUGGAAUUGCUGAAGAAAGGAGUGGAGUUUCCAUCUUCUGACAGCAGCAGAGGGGGACCUAAGACUUCAUCUCAGCCUUCUACAAAGUCAUCACCAUCUUCUGCCAAUCCUGCAAAACGUUCUUUACUGCCUCUUCCCACGGGCCCAACAUUAUUGUUGACUUCGGAGCAGAUUGGGAAACUAUACAGUGAACUGGACAUGGCAAAAAUGAAUGUGAGAGUCAUGUCAACAAUAUUAAAGGAAAAUGUUCCUGGCUCUGAAAAUCCAGAUGAUAUGAAUCUUUUACAGAAACUGUAUAAGACCUGUCGGAUGAUGCAGGAGAGGAUCAUGGAAUUGUUGGUGACAGUGGAGAAUGAAGAUGUGGUAGUUGAGUUAAUACAAGUAAAUGAAGAUCUGAAUAAUGUCCUCCUGGGACAUGAAAGGUUCUCUCGAAACAGAGUCCGGUUUUUGGAGAAUCAGAGAAUACAACGUGAACGCACAGAGCUGUACAGGAAACAGCCAUCUGCUCCCUCAAGCGAUCUGCUUGACCUCUCCAUAGAUUCUCCAUCUCCUACCUCAGCAGCGGUGCAGACCGACUCUGCAGUGUCUCCUUCAGGCCUUAAUUGCAUAUCUGCACACCCUGAAGAUAAAAACAGGCAUCAUCCAUCUAUUUAUCCACAGCUAGAUUUAGCACCUGCUACAAAAGCUCAGCAAUUUCCAUUUGCAACUGAAACACAAAACACUAGUGUAAGCAACCCAGCUGGACAUUCAUAUAGCAAUCUGGCAACUCUUUUAAGCCCAGUGCCUCUGAAUCCAGUAAAUCUGCAGACUGGACAUACUACAUCAUUAAACGGACAGUCACUAGCAGCUGCAUCAAAGAACAAGUCACAAUCACCUCAUUACUACGAAAUAAUGGAAUUUGAUCCCUUGGCUCCUACUGAAGCUGUUUAUGAAGAAAUUGAUGAUGUGCUGAAGACUGAAGUUAAAAAGAAUACAGGAUGCUGAAGGCGGGGGUGAAGUCUUCUGCUAAACACCCUUUAUUCUCUGGUGCUGGUCCUGUACAGUGCUUCCGAUAACGUACAAGUGAAUAACAGAAUGAGUUUUGUAUUUUGACACAACAAACAAUACGUAUUAGAACACUAAACUGUGUGGAAGCUGAAAAACUCUUGGAUCUACACCUUGAUCAUUUGUCCUAAAUGCUCAAUUGUGUAUUCUUCAAGGUGACUUGCAUAAUUAUUUUUGACAUAUUUUGGAGGCCUUUAAAACGACUUCCAGAUUCACUUGUGCAUGAAUUAAUCCUUUACACCUGACACAAGUAAACAAAAAAGCUGUUUACAGAAGCUGCAGAAUCCAGUUUCUGUUUUGGCCUUAUUGCUCUCUGUGUUAAUCUCCCUAGAAAUUUAUAAGGGGUUUUUCAUAUAUAGGACUUCUCUAAAAUUGGGCCCCUGGAUAGAUGUCUGAAGACAUGCAGUGUUACUCUCCUACAUUCAUAUUCUGAAUACAGAUUCUGUUUUCCUCCUGCAGUAUAGUUGGAUUUUUGUCCUGGUAAGAACCUGAAGUGGGACAUGAACUGCUGUCAUCCAUGAUUAACAGAGCAGAAAAAAACCCCUUCUUGUUCCUGUGUUGUCGUUGUUGCUUUUAUUUACUCAAUAAAUACUGGAGGGGGAUAAGUAAUUUCUUUCAGUGUUCCUGCCCUGCAGAAGUGGUUCUGGUGAAGGAAAAAAUAAUUAUCUACAAUGCAGAUGAGCAAUAGUUAUCCAUUUAUUUUAAUCAAGCGGUUUAACUCUGUUAAUAAGUUUUGUCUUUUAAUAUUUGAAGUGCCUUAUCUAUUUUCAUGCUGAAUGUAAAGUGUGCACUUUAAUAGGUAUAGUUCUCUGAAUUUAUAAUUGAUAUAAAAUUUGAGAACUUAGUUCAUGUUCAUAGCUGAUAAGCAAUUUUUUGAUGAAAUAUGCAUUUUAAAUGUUAACUGUUUAAGCAAUAAGAAGUUCUCAGUUUUGCAAUUUUUGUAGCAUAUAAUUCCAAAUAAAAGCAAACACUUACUGAGAAGUUAA